UUAAAUUUCAGUUUACUUAGUUCAUAAUUUCUAUGGUCAGAUAUCCCAAAUACCAAAAGAACUAGUUGAUGCAUACAAGAAAGUAACAAGAACGUAGGAGGUAAAAGUGCACAAAAGAUGUUCCAAUGUCGCACAAAAAAAAUUGCAAGUUAUUCUUACCAUGCCUCGAGAACAUUCCAAAAGUAUGUAGAGCAAGCAUAUGAAAUUCCUGGAAACUAUUCUUUAGUGCAUCAACAUGGUGAUUGGCACUGGCCUUAUAGUUUGACUUUGUUAAUGCUUGUGUUGGAAUGAAGUACCCUGAAAUUUCAGUUUUCUUUGGUUACAUGGUUCACCACGAUGCUUACCACGAAGAUCCUUAUGCAAAGGAGUUUGGCAUCAAAAUCAGUGAGAAACUUGCUUCGGUUGAAGCACGCAUCUUACCUGAACGUUGGCUUAAAUACCAUGACAUUGGUAGAGAAAAGGAUUGCUUGCCCCAAGUUGGUCAAUGGAAUAUGAUGAACAAGGUUUGUUUUCCGGGCCAAUUGCAACUAUUCAAGUUCCAACUAUCAACAUUUGCAGGAUAAAAGCAGUCAAGUCACCAGAUUCUAUGGCAGUGGCAUAGAAGCAGAUGGAAAUGAUUGGGAUGAUGGGCAGGCACUGAAAUGCAAAUAAUAGCAGAUUAAGUACUUCAUCAUAUCAGGGCCCAUGUAAAGAACAACUCAAUCUGACUAGAAAAAGCUUUAAUGGUUAUGAGUGUAUGCUGCGAAGAACCCCAGAUUCGUGAGAUUUGUUUAUUUUAGAAAAUUGAGAAUGGGUUAUGAUUGAGCAUGUGCAGGUUCGGGGGCUCCCUUGUGCCCACAAUUUCCAUGUGGAAUGCAUUGACGAGUGGCUCCGACUGAAUGUGAAGUGCCCCCGUUGCCGCUACUCCGUCUUCCCUAACCUCAACCUCAGCGCACUCUCCAACCUUCACGCUGACUCUGGGUGCCCUCUGCUAGUGUUUUGACAGCCACACGCUACGUGCACAUGCAGCUAGCAGGCCAGAGCUACCUGUUGAGGUUGCAGGGCCUGCAAUGCACAAUCCGAAUGGAGAAUGCUGGUGGAGGCAAUGAUGAUGUUGGCCUGGAAGCAGCAGAAGAUGGACGGGCAGUGUUAUGUCAGGGUCCGCCAAGCACGAUGGCACCAGUGAUGACGGGCGCGGCCAUGACUUUGUAUUAUUUGUGGAACCUAAUGUUAUGUAACAGUUUGAUUGAGUUAAACUUUAAAUAGACUGUUGUUAACUCUUUUGUUGGUAUUAUGGCUUUCAUGAUUGAUUGUUUCA